AUGGAGAGAAAGAAUAAAAAGAAAGAAAAAGAGAAAGAAAAGAUAGACACAAAUCAGAAAAAAUUGUUGAACCACCCAAGGAUGUGCAAUGGACGAGACUGCUCUUCUCUCAACCAGAGGUCUCGGGUUCGAGCUCUGGAUAUGGAGAAAUACUUAAUAGGGAAUGCUCCCCCUGAAUGGGGCCUUAAGCGGCAAAAAUCCGGAUAUAAUCGAGCUCCAAUUUACAACAUCCCUCUGGUGGCUGACAUUCAUUUUGCUCCUCCUAUUGCACUUCGAGUUGCUGAGUGCUUUGAAAAAAUACGUGUCAAUCCUGGAAACUUUACUGACAGGCGAGCCCAGUUUGAGCAAUUAGAGUACACAGAAGAAGACUACCAGAAAGAACUUGAGCACAUUGAGGAGGUUGAAUCAGCAUUUGAGUUUACAAGAAUUUGUCGAAAGUUGGACUUCCACAAUUUCGUCUUCUCAAUGAAAGCUAGCAAUCCAGUAGUUAUGGUCCAGGCGUAUCGCCUUCUUGUAGCUGAGAUGUAUGUUCAAGGAUGGGAUUAUCCUUUACACUUGGGAGUUACUGAAGCUGGUGAAGGUGAGGACGGAAGGAUGAAGUCUGCAAUCGGUAUUGGCACGCUUCUUCAGGAUGGUCUGGGUGAUACAAUAAGGGUUUCCCUAACUGAACCUCCAGAGGAGGAGAUAGAUCCCUGUCGACGGUUGGCAAACCUUGGACGUCCAUAA